AUGGCCGUCCCAAACAUUGCAGUUCAGAACAUGCCCCUCGCCAUAAACCAGCAAAUGGGCCAGCCUCAGCCCCAUCAGAAUGGCGCCAGGCCAGUACAGCCCCAAGGCUUCACCAAAGACAGAUUUCAGGCCUUGAUACAGGUCUCUUCUCUUUUCUAUUCACAUCCAAACGGCAACGCAGCAAGCGGACAGAGCUUUACCUCUGGCCCCGUCCCUUCGCAGCCAUUCCCCGCCCCUUCAACUACCCCAGUCUCAUUCUCCCAAGAUCAGAUCAAUGCUCUUCGGGCUCAAAUAGCCGCCUUCAAAUACAUCUCGCGCGGCAUUGCAGUCCCAGACCACAUCCAGCAAGCCAUCCGUGUCUCAAAUACCGCUGCACCAGAUCUUCAAAAACUUCUACAAGGACAAGACGUCAAUGCUAGGAUCGUCGACAGCGCCGUGAAGGUUCAGAAGGGUGUAGUAAGCGGCCCUCCUCCCCAAAACGGACCCGAAGCGCCAAGCGCCGAUGUCCCAAAGGACGAGGAGCAAGAUUCUGCUACGCUAGAAGCUGAAGAUGUUCCAAAGGGACCGUUUAUAGAGGACGACGUCGACUCUGGCAUUUACCCAUAUAACACUUUUCGACAUCCAUUUACCUACCUCAAACGCACCGCAGAUAGCGAUCCUUCGUUAUUCUCUACAAGACUACAACGUUUGCUCAUCCCUUCCAUCACCCCAGCAGGACUAGAUGUUCACCAGAUCAUUAACGAACGUGACCGGUUCAUCGAAGCUCGUGUGCAACAGCGCAUACGAGAACUAGAAGCCUUGCCUGCCACGAUGGGUGACGGGGGAAUGGAAUCCGUUCUGGACGACGUACUAGGGAAAGAAGCUAAUAUUGACGCCGUCGAUACCAUAGUCCAUCCCAGCCCAUCAGCUCACGGAAAGCUUCGCGCUGUCAUCGAACUGAAAUCUCUACGAGUCCUCGAUAAGCAACGCGCCCUUCGUGCACUCGUCGCCGAACGCCUUAUCCAGGGCUCCCUACUCCCCCUCAAUCGUGCCGACUUCCGUCGAACUCGCAAACCAACGCUUCGGGAUGCUCGCAUGACCGAGCAGCUGGAGCGGAGACAGCGGGUGGACCGUGAGCGCCGUGCGAAGCACAAACAUGUCGAGCAGUUGGGUGUCAUAUGCACUCAUGGGAAGGAGGUUAUCGCUGUCAACAGAGCGGCCCAGGAGCGUGUACUGAGACUUGGUCGUGCAGUCCAAGCAUUCCACGCUGUGACUGAGAAGGAAGAGCAAAAGCGCAUCGAGCGCAUUUCGAAAGAGCGUCUCAAGGCCCUUAAAGCUGAUGAUGAAGAAGCUUACAUGAAAUUAAUCGACACUGCCAAGGACACGCGUAUCACACACCUCCUCCGGCAGACCGACACUUACCUCGACUCUCUCGCUCAAGCCGUCGUUGCACAGCAGAAUGAAGGUGUCCGAGAAGAAGUAUACUUUGAGCAGGAGGACGGUCCUGCCAAUGAAGCGACAUUCGGUGCCCAGGUCACGACAGAUGCACAGGACGAGAAGGCAAGGGUUGAUUACUACGCCGUUGCACAUAAGAUCUCGGAGAAGAUUACGAGGCAACCUGCAUUAUUGGUUGGAGGGACUCUGAAAGAAUACCAAUUGAAGGGUUUACAGUGGAUGGUCAGUCUAUAUAACAAUAAAUUGGAUGGUAUUCUAGCAGACGAGAUGGGUCUCGGAAAAACUAUUCAAACGAUAUCGCUCGUUACGUUCUUAAUAGAGGUAAAGAAGCAACGUGGACCCUAUCUCGUCAUCGUUCCGCUUUCGACCUUGACCAAUUGGUCUGGAGAGUUUGCAAAAUGGGCGCCGGCAGUGAAAGUAAUAUCCUACAAAGGCAACCCUGCGCAGCGUCGACUACUUCAAGGAGACCUUCGCACGGGCCAAUUCCAGGUGUUGCUCACCACUUACGAGUACAUCAUCAAGGACAGACCAGUCCUCAGUAAAAUCAAAUGGGUACACAUGAUCAUUGAUGAGGGUCAUCGUAUGAAAAACACCCAGAGUAAACUCGCCCAGACCCUAACGCAAUACUACCACUCCCGCUUCCGCCUCAUCCUCACCGGUACCCCCCUUCAAAACAACCUUCCCGAACUCUGGGCUCUCCUCAACUUCGUCCUUCCAAAGGUCUUCAACUCUGUCAAAUCUUUUGAAGAAUGGUUCAACACCCCCUUUGCCAACUCUGGCACAGGCGACAAGAUCGAGUUGAACGAAGAAGAGGCGCUGCUCAUCAUUCGUCGGCUGCAUAAGGUGCUUCGACCGUUCUUGCUGCGUCGGUUGAAGAAAGAUGUCGAGAGUGAGUUACCAGACAAGGUCGAGAAGGUUAUCAAGGUCCGCAUGAGCGCUUUGCAGUUGCAACUGUACAAGCAAAUGAAGAAACACAAGAUGAUCGCUGAUGGAAAGGAUGCGAAAGGAAAGUCGGGUGGAGUCAAGGGUCUCAGUAAUGAGCUCAUGCAGCUCCGAAAGAUUUGCCAGCAUCCGUUCCUAUUUGAGAGCGUCGAAGAUAAAGUCAACCCGAGCGGCCUCAUCGACGACAAACUGGUUCGCUCUUCAGGCAAGAUUGAGCUUCUGUCGCGCAUUCUUCCCAAAUUCUUCUCCACCGGACACAGAGUGCUUAUUUUCUUCCAAAUGACAAAGGUCAUGGAUAUCAUGGAAGACUUUUUGAAGAUGAUGAACUGGAAGUACCUCCGACUCGAUGGUGGUACAAAGACAGACGAGCGUGCGAUUCAUGUACAGCAUUUCAACGCCAAGGACUCGGAAAUCAAGGUUUUCAUUCUCUCUACGAGAGCUGGUGGAUUGGGUCUGAACUUGCAGACCGCUGACACCGUCAUCAUGAAUCCCCACGCUGAUCUUCAAGCUCAGGAUCGUGCACAUCGUAUCGGUCAAACGAAAGCCGUCCGGAUCCUACGUUUCAUAACUGAGAAGAGCGUCGAAGAAGCCAUGUACGCACGCGCGAGGUACAAACUCGACAUCGACGACAAAGUCAUCCAAGCCGGUCGCUUCGAUAACAAGUCAACGCAAGAGGAGCAGGAAGAAUUCCUGCGAUCGAUUCUCGAAGCUGACCAGGAGGAAGAGAAUGAAGAGGCUGGGGACAUGAACGACGACGAGCUUAACGAGAUGCUGGCCAGAAACGAUCAGGAGGUGAUCAUCUUCCGUGAGAUGGACCUCAAACGAGAACGCGACGCACUGGAAGCUUGGCGUGCAGCAGGCAACCGAGGAAGACCACCAGCAGGGCUGAUCCAGCUCGAAGAACUGCCAGAUUGCUACCAAAACGACGAGCCGUUCGAGGUCAAGGAAAUCGACGACAGUGCAGAAGGACGUGGCCAGCGUCGGCGGAAUGUCGUCAAUUAUAACGAUGGGCUUAGCGACGAGCAAUGGGCAAUGGCCGUGGAAGAAGGUGAAGACCUCCAGGAGCUCGCCGAACGCACACGUGACAGGAAGGACAGACGAACAGUGGUUAGAGUCAAGGAGACCGAUACGCCCGUGCGAGGUACGCCAGCUUCUGAAAACGAAGGUCGCAGUAGCCGCAAAGCCAAGAAGGGAAAGUCCAAAAUGGCCGCCCCCGAGUAUGACCCCCCCGCAGCGAGCAAUAAGCGGAAACGAGGCGGCGCAAAGUCGAUGUCGGUUACGCCUUCCAUGAACGACGAAGAUGAGGACGAGCGCGGUGAUUCAAAACGGCGCAAGACGAAAGCUCCAGAUAUCACGCCUGCGGUGAAGGAGAGGAUGAAAAAGGCGUUCAAUGAAUGCUACAAGGCUGUACUUGCUUGCGAAGAUGAGACAGGUCGGAAACGAUGUGAUCUCUUCCGAGAGCCUCCUGAUAAACGGGGUAAGCCCCCCGACUACCCCGACUACUACCAACUCAUCACCCAACCGAUCGCCCUCUCCCACCUCCGCAAACGCGCCAACGCCGGCUACUACAAGUCCAUCACGCAAUACAAAGACGACUGGAAGCUCAUGUUCGACAACGCCCGGACGUACAACCAAGAAGGCUCCUGGGUCUACAUCGACGCCGAGGAGAUGGAGAAGGUCUUUUACGCCGCGCUGCAGCGCGUCACCGCCGGGUCGGGUCUGCCGGGUGCGCCGCCGGCGCCGGGGAGCGCGUCGGGGGCGUCGUUUGCGGAUUCGGCGCUGACGCCGAUGGAGGAGGAUGAGCGGCCGCAGCCGAGGGCGAGGAGUGCGGGCAGGGUGAAUAGGCUGGUGAUUAGUGAUGAUGAGUAUUUGACGCCGAGUGAUGAAGAGUAG